AUGACAAUGGCACUCCAAAGAACUGUGACGAGGAUUCCCCGCGGCGGGCUAGGAAGUAUCCCGUCAUGUCUGCGAGUGACGACGCCAAUCUACUCGUACAAUGGGAGCUCACGCAGCAUGGCCAGCGUGGUGCCGCCAGUUACCCAGAAUGCGGCGGGAUCCAAGGGACCUACUGCAAUGGUUUUCCUGAACAUGGGAGGUCCCUCCACUACAGAUGAAGUUGGCGAUUUCUUGAGCAGAUUGUUUGCGGAUGGCGAUCUGAUCCCUCUAGGACGACUACAGUCUUACCUUGGGCCUCUAAUAUCACGACGACGAACCCCAAAAAUUCAAAAACAAUAUGCCGAAAUAGGAGGAGGCUCUCCAAUUCGCAAAUGGUCAGAGUACCAGUGCUCGGAGAUGUGCAAAAUACUGGAUAAGAUAUCGCCGGAGACCGCGCCACAUAAACCCUAUGUGGCAUUUAGAUACGCUGCCCCGUUGACAGAGGAGAUGUAUUCGCAGCUUCUGAAAGAUGGGUUUGGAGGCGGCAAAGGCGGACGAGCGGUUGCGUUCACACAGUACCCCCAGUACUCCUGCUCGACGACGGGGAGCUCACUCAACGACCUAUGGAGGUGGAAGAAUAAACUAGAGGGACGACGCGGUGCUGAGGAAACAGGAGAUACCAGUGGAAACAUCCAGUGGAGCGUUAUCGACAGGUGGCCAACUCAUCCAGGGUUGAUCGAGGCGUUUGCCCAAAAUAUCGAAGCCCAGCUAGCGACGUAUCCUGAGGAUAGACGUGACAAUGUUGUGCUUCUCUUUUCAGCCCACAGUGACCCAUAUCCUGCCGAAGUGGCCGCUACAGUACAUGCAGUCAUGCAACGAUUAAAAUUCUCCAACCCACAUCGCCUCUGCUGGCAAUCCCAAGUCGGUCCCCACGCCUGGCUGGGAGCUCAGACCAGCGAUACAGUCCAGAACUAUGUCAACCGCGGACAGACUGAUCUUCUACUCAUCCCCGUUGCAUUCACAAGCGAUCACAUAGAGACCCUCUACGAACUAGACAAGGAGGUGAUUCACGAAGCCAACAACCCGGGUGUCAGGCGAGUCGAAAGUCUCAAUGGGAACCCCGUCUUCAUUCAGGGCUUAGCGGACCUUGCGGCGGACCAUCUUCGAAGCGGCGCGAAAUGCUCGCACCAAAUGACUCUCCGAUGCCAAAACUGUACGAGCGAAAGGUGUUUAGAGCAGAAGAAGUUUUUUGCAGGUCCGGAGGCUAGCCAUCUUGUCCGUUAA